AUGUCCUCUCAGAGCGCAGGCGAUGCGGCUCUCGGUCGCGCACCGACGAAAGCAAACCAGCAUGUUUUCAGCCGUGGAGAAUCUUCCUUGCCCUCUGCACCGGGGCGUUACAGCAUCCGGUCGUUCGUGGACCGUCAACUUGUCUUGCUGCAAGCAGAGUGCGAUGCGGAGCACACUUCGCAACAACUGCUGCUUUCCGCAUUUCCGCCUAAGGUGCUCGCGCAAAAUGGCCUUGCACUGCUGCAUCUGAAUGUUCGAGAUGUACAGGAAAGCUGGGGUGCGACACUGGUGGAGCUGGUCAUGUCCCCAGCACACCACACCGAUACAUCCGCCUUCCCGCCACACACUUUCCGGCCGGGGGAUAUAGCCGAGCUGCAAGACGAAAGUCAAAAGCACAACCGUAUCAAACCGAGCAAGCCCCUUUCCGCUGUCAUCUACCGUGUGCACGAGAACAAGAUUGUCGUAGCACUCAAGGUCCCUCCAUCGUCGUACUCUGACAGACGGGCUCAAGAUGGGCAAACAGACGCCUCCAUCUCACAAAACUCCAAGCCGGCCAAACUCAAACAGGGAUCCGCCGCGCCCAAUGGUUCCAACAAUCUAAAUGCCCACACCGCCAUACCUUCUGGACCGCUGCGCCUUGUCAAGCUUGCGAAUGACGCAACCUACGACCGGAUGAAAGCUGCUAUGAUCAGCUUGGCAGAUAUCUGCGGCGUCAAAAAUGGUGAAGACGAUCCGUCUGUGUGUCAAGCUGUUGCCGCAGAGGCAGAAGAGAAGACCCAUAUUGGGCGCGUGCCACGGGGGCCAACACAGCUCAUGCGCGCUCUCCUCGCCAUGGCACCGUUUGAUUCACGAGAAAGAUGUGUUAAGCGAGGGAGAAAACUUCAACAGCCUCUGCCGAUCGAACCACCUUUUCAGAAGCUCAAUUCGUCGCAAAUCGAAGCGAUCCAACAGGCGGAUCUGGUGCUACCAUUUCAUAUCAUCCAUGGACCACCAGGGACAGGUAAGACAACAACUGUCGUGGAGCUUCUCUUGCAGAUUGCCCUCGAAAGCGACCCCGCUCCCAAUCGACCAGCUCGAGUGCUGGUUUGUGGAGCGUCUAAUUUGGCAGUCGACACGAUCGCCGAGCGUCUGCUUGCUUCCUCUGCACCAUGGAGCCCGCGUCUCCAGCAAGAAGGCGUCAAAGUGACGCGAGUCGGCCACCCUGCACGCGUGCUACCGUCGGUUGCGCAGAGCACACUCGACGCCCAGCGCGAGUCAAGUGACCAGGGAGCGCUGCUCAAGGAUGUCCAAGACGAGCUCAAGCGCGCCAUGGAGGAGCUCUUCCCGACCACUGCGACGCUGUCAUCCCGCGCUUCUGCACAGCAGAAGCGCGGCCUGAAAGGCUCGGCGCGCAAGGCUAAAUGGGAACAUGUGCGCGCGCUGCGGCGCGAGCUGCGCAACCGCCAAAGCAAGCUGACCACCGACGUACUCUCCGAGACGCGCAUCGUUCUCUCCACGCUGCAUGGAGCGGGCGACCGCGCACUGGCCAAGAUGCACUUUGAUUAUGUCAUCAUCGACGAGGCGUGCCAGGCGCUCGAGGCGAGCUGCUGGAUUGCCGUGCUCAAAGCGCGCGAAGACGAUUUUGGCGGCGCCAAGUUGAUCCUCGCUGGCGAUCACAAGCAGCUGGGACCAACCAUCAAGUCGAGCAGCGCGGAUAUCGCUGCUGCCUUGGCAAAAGCAAGAGAACACUGGCGGGAGCGACCUGAAGCGAGCGGCCGACCUGGGCAAGAUGAAUCUGCAUCCCCAACUGACGACGAAGAAGAAGAGCAUCCGGAAGCAGAAGUCGACCUUGAGUCUGGAGCUGAGGCAAGCUCGGAAGAACGGACCAACCCGGUCUCAAAUCUGGAUUCAUCGCCGACGGUUGCGAAGAGCACAAAGAAGCACGCAAAGCUCAAACCACCGCGUUCUUUGGAAACCACACUUUUCGAUCGCCUGCUGACAAUCUACGGCCCGCAAUGCAAGUCCCUGCUGUCCUUGCAGUACAGAAUGAACGAGGAGAUCAUGGCCUUUCCCAACAUGGCCAUGUAUGACGGCAAGCUGUCUGCCCAUGCUAGUUGCGCCAAAAUACGCUUGGCGGAUCUCGAAGGGUUUGACGCCCAGACACCCGCUAGCCCUGACCAACAACCAUGGGCGGCGCCGGUCAUGUUUCUAGACACCGCUGGCGCAGAGAUGCAUGAAAAGGCAGGGGAUGACAGCGGGGAGAACGCGUUGCGCAACGUGAUCGCAACCGAGAGCAAGUGGAACGAACACGAAGUUCACCUGGUCGCCAAGCAUGUGGCCACGCUUGCCGAACGUGGUCUUCCACCCUCGCAUAUCGCCGUCAUCGCACCGUACUCGGCGCAAGUCGCCGCGCUGUCCGCGUUACUGCGGCCCAUCUACCCGGAGCUCGAGAUAGGGACGGUUGACAGCAUGCAAGGGCGCGAGAAGGACGCGAUCAUCCUCACGCUGGUGCGCAGUAAUAACGAAAAGCAAGUCGGCUUCCUGCGCGAGAAGCGCCGUCUCAACGUCGCCAUGACGAGGGCCAAGAGGCAUCUUUCUAUCGUUGGCGAUUCUGACACGGUCGGAGGCUCUAGAGAAGCAUAUCUCAAAAAAUGGAUGGAUCACCUGCAAGAACACGCAGCGAUAGAGUAUGCAUUCAUGUAG